GGCGACUAUUUAUGCUCUUUCAGACUUGUAGCAAUCUCAUGUCAUAGUCAUACCCUGGUAUGGUCAUACACUACAUGGUGGCAGUAGCAAGUUAGCUAAUUAAGUCACAUGGCGAGACUACCCUGGUAAUAUACCACAAGGUGACCGAUGACUUCCCGUCCGGUGUGCCGACCACCACACUGCAGAUAUUUGCGAUAUUUCACGUUGCGAGAUGCUGUACGGCUUACCAUUAGACUGCUUAUUUAGCUGAAAAUCAAGUGUCAUGUACAAUACAAUACAAUACAAUACAGCAUUACUGUGCAGCAAAUUAAGUAUCGGUGUCCGAAAUAAAUACAUUCAGAGUCCCAGUGAAACAAAUCUCUAGAUUUGUGGCAUGGGGUGGCCCGGAGACGAAAUAAAUGGCUUGGGGGGCAUCGUUAAGCUCUGCAAGGUUCCUGUUAACAUGUUCAGCACUUUCGGCAUGGAUGGGCGGUUUUUCGGGUUCCACUGAAUGCACCACAGUGCCACAAUGGCUAGCUUUCUUACUGUAUCCUUCUCUUCUUGCGUCAUUUCCCUUGAUGAUUCCAGUUCUUGCUCCGUGCUUAUUUUCUCAUAUAUCCAUUCUGGGAUGUAAACCUCGUUUUGGUUCUCAAUCCAUGGAUCUGAGUUCCUCCUACCGCUCACCAUUUCCAGCACCAGCAUGCCAAAGCUAUAGACAUCGGACUUGCUGGAUAUUCUCCCAAAGUUUCGAGAAUACAGUUCUGGUGCAAUGUAACCCAUUGUUCCUCUAGCUGCAGUCAGUGUGACGAUGCUAUGGUCCCUUGUACACAGCUUCGCAAGCCCAAAAUCAGAAAUCUUUGGACUAAAUCUGUAAUCUAGCAAGAUGUUGUGAGGCUUGAUGUCAAAAUGGAGGAUCCGCUGAUCGCACCCUUGAUGCAGGUAUUCUAUUCCCCGUGCAAUGCCUGAUGCUAUGUCCAGCAUUUUAUUAGGUGCUAAUAGCUCUCGAUAAAUAUCUGAUUCAUGUGCGAAUAUAUACUUCUCGAGUGAUCCGUUAGGCAUGAAUUCAUAGAUAAGAGCACGCCUUGUUCCUUCUGAGCAGAAUCCCAAGAGACGGACCACAUUAGCAUGGUGGAUUCUACCAAUGGUUGCGACUUCAUUCAUGAAUUCUUCUCCAUCGCUCUUUGAAUUCUCCAGCAUCUUUACUGCCACAGGUACUCCAUUUGCCAGCUGACCUUUGUAUACGCUUCCAAAUCCACCCUGACCCAGUCUAUCUUUGAAUCGCCUUGUUACUUUUUUAACUUCAGAGAAUGUGUACCUUGUUGGUUUUGAUGUGCCAUAUGCCUUGAGAAACAUUUCGAUUUUCAAACGCACCUCUUCAUCGACCUUUGAUUUUAGGGACCGAUAGAGUGCUGUGGCUGCCGUCAAUAAGAGAACCACAAAUGUGGCUACCGAUGAUGUUGCUGAAAAACAAGAAUGCAGGCAAACAGUGAGUUAUACUUGGACUAAAACAAUCUUGCUUUCAUGUCUUUCCUCUUAUAUAUGGGUAAGAUGCAAGAAUAAGAGUAAUAUACAACAAAAUGUAUGCAUAAUACCUGCAAUGACUUUCACACGUGAACCUGCAUGUAGGAAAUAAGCGAUUUAGAUUUUUUGUGCAAAAUAAUACUCAUGCCUGAACAAAGUGAUACUUUUCUAGUAAGAAUUUAACUAUAAAAUUGGGUUACUUUUAAUGUUGUAUAUGCUAUCUGUAUGGGGGAGUAUCAGAACCAUGCGAGUGUGAAAUAUUUACUGGACUCAGAUAUGCUGGUAAACAGAGACAUAUUUGCAUAUAUAGCAAAGGUUGGAUAAAAAGAAGUGGUCUUUAUUUCGAUCAUUUAGGUACUCUUGUCAAAAAUAUUUAAGGCAUGCAAUUUAUUCAGAACAAAUCCUUCGAUGCUUAAGAAUUACUAGAAACAAUACCUUGGCGCUUGCAGAAUGCUUGCCUGCGUUGUGAGCUGAAUCCGCAGGAAUGCCCGUUUCGCUCGCAGUCUAGACAAAUGUCGGUUAUGUUAGGAACUGACCAAGUCAAGGUUGUCUCACCAAAUGCAAUGACCCUUCUGGCUCUUUCAGUGAAUAACACAUCAUUGACAUCAUAAUCCCACGGCGUUGAAAUACCAUUUGAAACCACUUUGCAGUCUAAGGGAAGAAUAUACAUUGGUUCACUACCGUCCAUCAAAUAUAUGAACUGGCUUGUGUUGCUCAGGCAAGAGAUUGGGCCAACAAUACUGUCCCCCAUACCUGGUGUCGUACCGGCCUUCUCUGUUGGUAUCAACUCUCUUGAACAGCGUACCAGGAUUGCAGUUUCACCCCCGUAACUGUCAGGUAUGUAGACACUAGUUGAUAGAUUGGUGGCAGAGAUCUUCUGAAGCGGGCACCUAGUCCAUGAUUCUUCAAGCGGGAUGACAUUCAGGCCACCAAAUCUGUAGUCAAUUGCAGUGACCUUGCAUAGUCCAAGGAUUGGGUGAAGUAGGAUGGUAUCUGCUUCCAUUGAGCAUGCUAGCUCCAAGCCAGGUGCUCCACAGGAUGGGGGGCUGGUUGCUGGCAAAUUUGACAAAUCUGACCUAUAGACGAAAUCAAAUCACAGAAUGAACUGUCCGUCAAACUAUUUCACGCAGCUGACCCGUGGCGCCUAGCUCUCAGGUGCUGCACUAGUGCAACGCCCGGGAGCUAGGCGCUGCACUGUAUAGUUUGGCGCCUAGCUCUCAGGCGCUGCACACUGUUUUAGUAAUUUUCGGGUAUGACGCUGGCCGUGUAGCGCCUAUCUGUGAGGCGUUGCACAGUGUAGUGUGGCGCCGUCGUGGCGGGCGCUACACAAAAGGGUCAGGCGUGUGAAAUAGUUUCACGGGCAGUUCAUUCCGUGAUUUGAUUUCGUCUAUAGGUCAGAUUUGUCAAAUUUGCCCUGGUUGCUGGGCGGAAUGGAAAUCGGAUCUCUAUUGUGCCUUCUUCGCUGCACCUGGAUGGUGCGCAGUUAUGGAAGAAAUCUCCAUCACCACUUGCUGUGGCUCUGUUGAUUCCAUAGUUAAGAACAGAGAACAACAGAGCUACAACCAAAGCUUCAAACAUUUCUGUGAAAAAUGAAGAUGAGGAGGAAAUGAGAUGAAGCUAUGCCUACAAAAACUGUGCUUCUUUUGUAAUGUUGAAAUCAUAAAGAAAAGAAAUAUCUUCCUGGAUGUUGCCUUUGACAAGUCAAAGCCUAUCUUCCUGUACACUAGUUUGACUAAGAAAACCAGCAAUCAGGUGGCACACCAGGCUUGACUAUUCUUCCUCUUGUGUCUCCAUCAAUCCAUAUGCACCAGAAAAUCCGUAUAUCAUCAUUCUGAGACCAUAUUAGCCUUCUUCUUAACUCUAGUACCAGCUUCUAUGCCUGAUCCUGCAUCUGUGAAGCUCUCAUGACGAACUCCGUUGCAUUUCCAUGUUCUGUUAUACUCCAAGCAUUAGCAAUCUCCUCCACAGUUUCAGUUUUUCUAACAAAGACUGGAGCGGAAGAUACUCCGGGGCAAGCAGUUUGCCCCUCUUUCUCCUGUGGGCAUCUCCAAGACAUCCACCAUCCUUUUCGAUUGCGAGGUGAUCCACCUGGUUGUGGUUUUCAAGAAUACGAGCUUGUUUGUAGCGAUGACCAGGCUAUAAUUCAAGUCAAUACGGGAAGGUACUUCAUCACCAACAUCUCCUACCCCGACUCUGUUUUCUGGGUUGUUGAUGCCAGUUUGGAUAAUAGCAGCUGCCCUAUUCCUGAGAGGAAUCAACAUUCUUAUAUCCAUGGAUUGAGAUCAUAUUACAUGUUCCUGUUAUAUAUGCGUACGGUUAAAUGGGCUGCCUUUGUCAGUUGUUCGCGGAUGAUGAAAGAUAAUCUUAUUUAUAAGCCUAUCGCUUGCCGGAGUACGAACACUUCUUUUGUUUAUGUGUUGAGUACCAUGCAAUCUUAUCAGGUUCAGAAUGUUGAGCCUUCAUGUGGAUACUUGGCCAUGACUCCUUUGGGAAGCUGGCGUCCGGGGCCAAAUGAUUAUUAUGCAAGUUAUGAUUAUGAAGAUAUUGUAAAAUUUAUGAGGGAUGGGUUUGCUCUUAGAUUUCCUUUCCCAGCUCCAGAAUGGACAUAUUCUUGGAUCCUCAAGACAUGCCUGGAAAAUUCAAGGAGUGUUGGCAGUACUAUCCAGAUGCAACUAGCCCUUGGCCCAACAAGGUACGCUUACACAGACAUCACUGCGAUCACUAGCCACUUCAAAGAGAAGUUGGGACAAGGAGGCUAUGGGUCUGUGUACAAAGGUGUGCUUCCUGGUGACGUCCAUGUUGCCAUCAAAAUGUUGGUCAGUUCCAUGUCCAAUGGAGAAGAAUUCAUCAGUGAGGUGUCCAGCAUCGGAAGCAUACACCAUGUCAAUGUAGUGCGUCUGGUGGGUUUCUGCUCAGAGAAAAUGAGGAGGGCUCUUGUUUAUGAGUACAUGCCCCAUGGAUCUCUUGAGAAGUACAUCUUCUCGCCAGAGAAGAGUUUCUCAUCGGACAAGCUCAAUCAGAUUGCUCUGGGCAUUGCCAGAGGGAUCGACUACCUGCACCGAGGGUGUGAUAUGCAGAUAUUACACUUCGACAUCAAGCCGCACAACAUCCUGUUAGACAGUGAUUUCACCCCAAAAAUUGCUGACUUUGGGCUGGCGAAACUGUACCCCAGGGACAACAGCUUUUUGCCAGUGAGUGCUGCCCGGGGAACAGUUGGUUACAUAGCUCCUGAGAUGGUGUCCCGUAGCUUUGGCGCCAUAUCCUCCAAGUCUGAUGUCUACAGCUUCGGGAUGUUGUUGCUAGAGAUGGCCGGAGGACGGAGGAACGUGGACCCACAAGCAUCAAGAAGCCAGACGUACUACCCGUCAUGGGUGUACAAUCAGCUGUCUCGGCAAGAGGCUGUUGGUAUCCAUCAGGUGGAGAGGAAGCUGUGCGUCGUUGCGCUUUGGUGCAUCCAGAUGAAGCCAGACGAUCGACCGGCCAUGAGCGAGGUGCUAGACAUGCUCGAAGCUGGCAUCGAUGGCCUGGAGAUGCCUCCUGAGCCCUUCUUCUGCGGGGACGAGUAUGCUCCUGCUGCAGAUUCUUCAGUAUUAUCAGAGUAGAAGGAGCUGUAUCAUCAAGAAGAAGAACCAAAGGAGAGGUGGAAAUUCUUCUUAUAACCCAAAUCUGCUGCAAUUUGGAGGUCACAAACCCAAAUCUCUUUUUGUUAUAUUAAGUUACACACCCACACAACCUGUAGCGUCGCCCAUAGGCUUCUCUCUUCUCUCCUGCGACGCAAGGUUGAUUUUCCUCUCAAACAUUUACACAGAAGGAUUACAACAUGUAAUAAAACAUUUACGUAGUAUAUGAAAUAGAUUUUAUGUACCAUUCAAAAGAAUGUUACCGGCAUUUAAAAAAUAUUCAUACACAUUACAACAUGUUAAUUAGGAAGUUCAGGAACUCUGUUUCAAACAAAAGUUCAGACACUGAGGCAGGGAUAUAUACACAGAGUGCUGUGCUGUGCUGUUUGUUGCUGGUUCAGAAAAGAUCAUAAACGGCCCUGUUUGUCGUCGUCGGUGGCGGUUCACUCUGGUGAGCAGCAAGACGAGCAUCACGAGAAGGGAGCAGAGUACGAGUGAGGAAGGAGCAGCAGUAUCUUUGCUGCCGCUGCUGCUGCUGUUUCGCUUUCGUCCGUCUCAAGUGUUACAGAACUGGUCGCGUGCAGUACGCUAUGGCCGGGCUACCCUUUGCCCGGCAGGAUACGGUGGCCCGGCAAAGUGGAGGCCUGGUGAGGGUCCCUGCUGGGUGCAGAUACGGCAGGGGAACGGACGCCGUGUCGACCUCCCAUCGACUUCUGACCUGCAAAGUUGAGAUCAUCGUCGAAACAUUCAGGAAGAAAAACCCACAGCUACUCUCGCACAGUGCUAGCUACAUAACAUGGUAAGCAUGUCCAGAAAAUGAUGUUCCACUGAAGUUCAGAAACCGGGCUUGAGCUUGCUACUCCAAGUUUUGAAAUGGGCUACUCCAUCAUGGUUAUUGAAGCAGAAACAAAGCAUGUCACCUCCAUCCUUGAACUCUGAAGUGUCAAGUGAACCUCUACCGAAUCCUGUACACAUGGCACCACAAACUAGUUACAAACCUAUCUGCCUUUCUUUUCUGAAUUUAGCUGUGAUCUGGUCUAACAUCAUAUAAGGCGCAUUUUAUUUUUAUGUAGCUCAAAUCCUGACCGUCGACACUGCUGGUCGUGGCAAUGGUGGGCGCAUACGCGGCAAUGGCAGAAACAACCUCAAGUGCCAAGUUUGCUCCAAAUUCAGGCAUGACGCGCUACAAUGCCGCAACCGCUUUAAUCAUGUGCUCCAGCCCGAGGAUCAUCAUACGUGAGCGUUCCGUCGACGCCGCACCACUGGUUUGUACACUAUGGACAUGAACUGGUACACAUGAUUAAAGUGGUUGCGGCACUAUGUCUGAAUGAAUCGGGAUCAAACAUUGGGCUUGAGGUUGGUUCUGUCAUUGCCGCGACCGCGGUAUCUUGCCUCCGUUACUAACUCAAAUACAAUGUUUGCUGUGCGAUACCCCAUAGGGAUUUGCCUUGUAUUUCUAAAACUUGAUCGCUAAGGUACAACCAAUCAAUCUCUACAAAUAAUGUCUUAUCUAGGGAUCCUGAUUGAUACAAAUCACAACAGUAUAUCUUAGGUUUAACUCAAUCGAUUCGAUUAGGACCACGCUCAUUAAAAGUAUUCUCCACGUGAUUUUUUAGUAAUGCUAGUCUAUAAUAGGUUUUCUACUAACCCCUUACUUACCACAUCUCAAGUCAACUGACCCUGCCACUGGGCUGCAAACCAAUAUUCUUUGUAAAUAUUAUAGGGUUAAUUUUUUUCUCAGACCUCACGUUUAUGGCAACAAGUAGCAUGGCAUUUUGAUGCCAUGUAUUUUUUUAUUUUCAAUAAUUUUGGUUGUACAUAUUGUGUUUUUGCAGAGGCUGAGUGUACUUGCUAUAAAAAUAAUCUUGAUAUAAAUAUAUCAUCGUUUAUCAAAAGAGCAACCGCUUAUUAUAAUUAUUGCAAUGCACGUGUGUAUGGCAUAAAUGGAAAAUGUUGGUUUGAUCAGUAAUUUUCUUGAGGUGGUGGCAAUUUGUUUGUGUAUCGCAGAAGCAAAUCAGAUUCAUUUGCUCAGUUGUCUUUCCUAAAAAGGUGUCCAUCGUUUACUCAACUCACUACCAUGGAUUCCAUAAAAAAAAUCAUCACCAUGCAUUUCCGAUAGCUCGAGUUAUUACUAUAAUUAUGUUUGCUUUAGGGGGAAAACACGAGUAAAAAUUACACACAACACCAUACAUAGAUGCCACCAUGCAUGGAUCAUUGAUCAUUUACGAGUAUUGUAUAUGUGGAAAGAAUAUAAGCGAGCUUAGUAGCAGCCAUUGCGCACACGCAUCUACAUUCAUGCACGAGGCUAGUUUGUUGAUGGUCGCGGUAGCCUGCUGCAAGGUCUAGUGGUCCGGCACCGCGACAAGUGCUGGUUGAAAGGGUCGAGAUUGGGAGGGGGGUUGAAAAUGGAGAACUACAAAUUUUAUUUUUUGAUUAUUAGCAAGUUUGGGCAAUAUAAAGGUGUGUUUAAACAAUUGUAAUGAGAUAAAUAAUCUGUAUGGUGCUAGCAAAGUUAAGUGACCAAAGUAAACCACAAGUAAUGAGUUAGGGCUAGAGAUAACCAAAAAGCACCGGAGACGAUGAUGUAUCCCGGUGUUCACUUCUUUGGAGGGAAACUAGUCACUGUUGGAGGGGUGGGUGUUACCAUGAAGGCACACCA